CGCUAGUUCCUUCCUUUCUCUCUCCCCUCCCGGCAAGGCCUCUCCUCUCCUCUCCUCGCUUGUCCCCACCAGCCGCCAUGGACGCCGGCGACGACGAGCCCCCCGUUCUCCUCGACCGCGCCGCGCGCGCCACCCGAGGCAAGAGGAUAACCAAGCUCCUCGAGGACGAGGUCGAGCAGGACGAGGCUUUCUGGAACCAAGAAGCCCUCAAGGAUGAGGAGAACGAUGACAACUACGUGGAAGAGCAGGAUGCUGGUGACGAAUUCGACAGUGAUUUUGGUGAAGAUGAAUCUGAACCUGACGAUGAGCCGGAGAGGGAAGAACGUGAGAGGUUACCUAUCAAGAAACGGCUAAUGUUUCCUGGCAAGACGCUGAGGAAGACCAAUGUCAAGAAGAAGAAGGUGACCCCAAAACCAGAAGAUGACGCAAAAGCUGACAAGUCUGCUGAUAAGCCCAGUUCGUCCACACAAGCAGAUGUUCCUGAUGAACUGGAGGUUGAGAAGACCAUCCGGAAAUCAACCAGAACAUCGGUCAUUGUGAGACAAGCUGAAAGAGAAGCGAUACGUGCCGAAAAAGAAGCAACGGCCAAGCCAAUUAAGAGGAAAAAGGAGGGAGAAGAAAAGCGGAUGACGCAAGAGGAGAUGCUUUUGGAAGCAGCUGAAACAGAGAUCAUGAACAUGAGAAAUCUAGAACGUGUACUGGCAAGAGAGGAGGAAGUGAAGAAAAAAGCUGUUAUUCAUAAGGACACUUAUGAGGGUCCUACAGUUCGGUUUUUCUCAAGAGAUGGGGAAUCACGUCUGGAAUUCAUAAAUGGGGCAACAUUUGGGUCUGAACUUUCUAUAACAUCAUCCCCUUAUCCGGAGAAACCUGUUUGUGUGGUGACAGGACUUCCAGCCAAAUACCGUGAUCCGAAGACAGGGCUGCCUUAUGCAACUAUGGAAGCAUUCAAAAUAAUCCGGGAGCGUUUCCUGAAAGAGGAGGCUGAUAGAAAGAGGCCGAACAUGUUGAAUAUGGGAGAGCUUUUUGAAUCAAUAACUGGUGAACAUUUGAUGCCUAAGAAGAGAAGGGUUGAGAUAAGGUCUCCGAACAUAUCAGGAGGCUCGAGGCAUGGAGGACGCUUCUGGAGAAUACCUGCUCUUGAUAUGGUGGACGAGGACUAACGAGACAGAUCCUGUGACUUCAGAUGAGUCUGAUAGAAAGAGUUCCAAUAUGUCUAAAUGGGAAAGCUUUCUGAAUCAAUAACCGGUGGACAUUCGAUACCUAAGAAGAGGAAGAGAACGAGGAUGGAAAGGAUGCUGUAUUUAGCGUAGAUCUGGAUAUACUGUGCUUGUAGUUAUCUUAAUGUAUUUUUUGUCAGUUGACAAAUUUUCAGAACAAUGACCUAGUAUGACCAAAUGCUUCAUCGAAGCUGGCACCUUUGCAGCGAUAGUCUCUGUAGUGAGAUGACCCUAUAAUCAAUCAAGAGAGCUGCGAUGCUCAAGUAAA